GUACAGAAGUGCAUUGCAUUCGGACCGGGCCGUGACAUGUUUGAGAGCACCCUCAUUAUUGCCCAACGUCAGUUUGAGAAAGCAAAGGAACUGUAUCAGACGGCCAAGGAGGAAGUCGCCGGCGACGUGGACUUUCGACACCAGUUUGUCGACAUUACAAAUGUUAGCGUCAAAUACCCCGCUGGUGGCCCGUAUCCGCAGUUUCUCAGUUCCUACAGCAGGAUAUCCUUCCAGGUGGAUAGGUUUACUCAGGGUCUCUUAAUCUACCCAUCCUGUCUGUUGCUUAUGGUGGUAGGAACCAAAACAGAUCAAUUUUUGGGCGUCGGUCAAUCCUCUGCUCCCACUAACUGA